AAGGCGGGAUCAAUCCCAUGACAGGUGGGAGCCUCAGACAGACCUGAAAUUCUGGAACUUGGGCAUUUGUAAGCCUGAAAAAGCGUAGGCCUGCUCCCCAGGGAGGCGCAUCUUCUCUUUGUUUUGCCUACAUCUUUAGCCCCCCCGCCCCAAUCUCAGUUGACCCAAGAACCUAGUCUCCGGGCGCCAGGUGAGUCGGUCGCCCUGGGAAUCCUGCGUGCCCCGAGGGCGGGGGAGUGCCUCCCAGGUAAGCCCCGGUGUCCCCGCCCCGGCCCGGGUCCAGGGCGUCCACCCAACCCAUCCGGAGCCCCACCUCGGGGCGCCCUCCUGCUCGGUCCGCCCGCGAGCGCGCAGCCCCGGGAGCCACGAUCACGCCCUCCCCUUGCCUCCUCCCGCCCCCACCCGCCCCCCGUGGCUGCUCUGGGCCGGGAGCGCGGCGGGGUCGGCCGCUUGGUCUUGCGCUCCGGCCCCGGGGCCCCCAGCGCCGCGGGAGCCAGCCCUGCAGCGCCGAGCCCCACGCGUCCGUCCGCCGUGCCCGCCUCCACGCGCGCCGCCCGGCAGCCCCCCAGGCACAGUCAUGACUCUGCAGGGUCCACGCCGGGCAGGGACAGGAGCCGGAGCCCUCCCCGCGGCCCGAAGCCCCCUGGCUCGGCUCCUGCUGGCGUGGACGGUCCUGUCGUGCGUGGUGGGCGGCCGAGGCCGCUGGGACCGGGCCCCGGGGCCUGCAGCUCCUGGACAAGUACAGAGGCGCAGCAGCCCGGGCCCCUUGCAGGGGGCCAACGUAUGUGGCUCCCGCUUCCACGCCUACUGCUGCCCCGGCUGGAGGACGCUGCCUGGCAGGAGCCAGUGUGUCGUGCCCAUCUGCAGGCACCCCUGUGGCGAGGGCUUCUGCUCCCAGCCCAACGUGUGCGCCUGCGCUGACGGGACACUGGCCCCCAGCUGCGGGGUGAGUCGAGGCUCGGGGUGCAGCGUGAGCUGCAUGAACGGGGCCAGCUGUCAGGGGGAGUCGUGCCUGUGCCCCCGCGGCUACACAGGCACCGUGUGCGGGCAGCCCGUCUGCGACCAUGGCUGCCACAACAGGGGCCGCUGCAUCGGGCCCAACCACUGCUCCUGCGUGUAUGGCUUCAGGGGCCCUCAGUGCGAGCGAGACUACCGGACUGGGCCCUGCUUUGGCCAGGUGGGCGCUGAGCGGUGCCAGCAGCAGCUGACCGGCUUCCCGUGCACCAAGGCGCUCUGCUGUGCCACGGUGGGCCGGGCCUGGGGCCUCCCGUGUGAGCCCUGCCCUGCACAGCCGCACCCCUGCCGCCGCGGCUUCAUCCCCAACAUCCACACCGGGGCCUGCCAGGAUGUGGACGAGUGCCGGGCCGUGCCGGGCUUGUGCCGGGGCGGCAGCUGCCUCAACACUGUGGGCUCCUUCGAGUGCCGCUGCCCGGCCGGACACCAGCUGGACGACGGCGGCACCACUUGUGAAGAUCUGGACGAAUGCAGCAGCCGGCCGGGCCCCUGCGCCGGCGGCGACUGCGCCAACACGGUUGGGAGCUUCGUGUGCCUCUGUCCCCGCGGCUUCACCAGCAGCCUGGACGGCAGCCGCUGCCAGGAUCGCCGGGUCGGCACCUGCUUCUUGAUGGUCAUUGGAGGCCGCUGUGCCAGAGACCUCGGCGGCCACUCCACGCACAGGCAGUGCUGCUGUGACAGGGGCAGGUGCUGGGCAGCUGGCCCGGCCCCUGAGCUGUGUCCUCCACGGGGCUCUGAUGAGUUCCAACGGCUGUGCGUCCAGGGGCUCCCACUGCCGCCUUCCCACUCCGGCCUCCCAGGCUUCAGACUCAGUGCAUUCGGACCUGCUCUGGGGCCAGCACGACCCAGGCCCCAGGGCUCCAAUGGACAUGUGGUCCCCAGGCUGGGUCCUGGCAGCUCCAGCAUUGGCACAGUAGCUCUGAACCAGACCAUCAACAUCUGCCGACACUUCACCAACCUGUGCCUCCAUGGCCGCUGCCUGCCCACUCCGUCCAGCUACCGCUGUGAGUGCCACGUGGGCUACACCCAGGAUGUGCGUGGCGAGUGCAUCGAUGUGGAUGAGUGUACCAGCGGCCCUUGCCACCAUGGAGACUGCGUCAACACCCCCGGCUCCUACCACUGCCGAUGCCACGAGGGCUUCCAGGCCACGCUCACCAAGCAGGCAUGCCUGGAUGUGGAUGAGUGCCUCAUCAGCGGUGGCCUUUGCCCCCUGGGCCGCUGUGUCAACACAGAGGGCAGCUUCCAGUGUGUCUGCAACGCAGGCUUUGAGCUGGGCCCCGAUGGCAAGAGCUGUGUGGACCACAACGAGUGUGCGGCCAGUACCGUGUGCCUCAACGGCGAGUGCGUCAACGAGGCCGGCGGCUUCACGUGUGUGUGCAAAGCCGGCUUCCUGCUGGCGCCCAGUGGCCGCUACUGCGUGGACCUCGACGAGUGCCAGACCCCUGGCAUCUGCGUGAACGGCCGCUGUGUCAACACGGAGGGCUCCUUCCGAUGCCAGUGCCCCCCGGGGCUGGAGGUGGGCGCUGGUGGCCGAAUGUGCCUGGACACACACAUGCGCAGUACCUGCUACGGCGGCUCCUGCACCCGCCCCCUUCCCGGCGCGGUCACCAGAUCCGAGUGCUGCUGCUCCAGCCCGGACCAUGGAUUCGGGCAGCCGUGCCAGCUCUGCCCUGCCAAGGACUCCGCUGAGUUCCAGGCUCUCUGCACCAGUGGUCUCGGCAUCACUGCUGACGGUCGAGACAUUGACGAGUGUGCCCUGGACCCCGAGAUCUGCACCAACGGCACGUGCGAGAACCUUCGGGGCAGCUACCGCUGCAUCUGCAACCCGGGGUACCAGGCGGGUGCCACAGGGCAGGACUGCAGAGACGUGGACGAAUGUGCCCUCAACCGCCUCCUGUGUGACAACGGGUGGUGCCAGAACAGCCCCGGCAGCUACAGCUGCUCCUGCCCCCAGGGCUACGGCUUCCAGCAGGACACAGAGACCUGUGAAGACAUCGACGAGUGUUUGUCCAGCCCGUGUGUGAAUGGCGCAUGCCUGAACCUGGCCGGCUCCUACACCUGCGAAUGCGCCCCCGGAAGCCGACUGGGACCCUCCCGGACCGUGUGCCUAGACAGCACCAGGGGUACCUGCUGGCUGAAGAUCGAGGACGGCCGCUGCGAGGCGAACCUGCAGGGGGCGACUCUGCGGUCCGAGUGUUGCGCCACCCUCGGGGCCGCCUGGGGGAGCCCCUGCGAGCCCUGCGCUAUGGACCCUGCCUGUGCCCGUGGCUUUGCCCGCGUGGACGGUCUCACCUGCGAAGAUGUGAACGAGUGUGAGUCCUUCCCCGGCGUCUGUGCCAACGGACGCUGCCUCAACACCGUCGGCUCCUUCCGCUGCGAGUGUCCCCAGGGCCUGACGCUGGACGCUGCGGGCCGGCUGUGCGUGGAUGUCAGGCUGGAGUCGUGUUACCUGCGCUGGGACGAGGACGAGUGUGGGGCCCGCGUGCCUGGCAGGUUCCGGAUGGACGCGUGCUGCUGCUCCGUGGGUGCUGCCUGGGGUGCCGGCUGCGAGGCCUGCCCGCAACCCGACUCCCCGGAGUUCGCCAGCCUGUGCCCAUGGGGGCUGGGCUUUGCCAGCCAUGACUACCUGUCCGGGCAGCCUUUCUACAAAGAUGUGAACGAGUGCAAGGCCUUCCCCAGCCUCUGUGUGCACGGCACCUGCCGCAACACAGCGGGCAGCUUCCGCUGCUCCUGCGCCGGGGGCUUCGCCCUGGAUGCCCAGGAGAGGAACUGCACAGACAUUGAUGAGUGCCGCAUCUCUCCUGACCUCUGCGGCCAGGGCACCUGCAUCAACACCCUGGGCAGCUUCCAGUGCGAGUGCUUCCGUGGCUACGCCAGCGGCCCUGGGAUGAUGAAGAGCUGCAUGGAUGUGGACGAGUGUGCAAGGGACCCUCUGCUCUGCCGGGGAGGCACCUGCACCAACACGGACGGGAGCUACACGUGCCAGUGUCCCCCUGGACAUGCGCUGACAGCCGAGGGCACGGCCUGUGAGGACGUGGACGAGUGCUCCCUGAGUGACGGCCUGUGUCCCCAUGGCCAGUGCAUCAAUGUCAUCGGCACCUACCAGUGCUCCUGCCACGCGGGCUUCCAGGCCACCCCUGGCCGCCAGGGCUGUGUGGACGUGGACGAGUGCCUCGUGCGGAACGGAGGCUGCGCUGUGCACUGCGUAAACACCGAGGGCGGCUUUCAGUGCAGCUGUGGGCGGGGCUACGUGCUGACGCCCGAUGGGCGGGCCUGUGCAGAUGUGGACGAGUGUGCAGAGAACCCCAGCGUUUGUGACCUGGGCCAGUGCAUCAACGUGCCCGGGGGGCACCGCUGCCUGUGCUCCGACGGCUUCACAACCACGCGGGACAGGAGGGCGUGUGUGGACGUGAACGAGUGUGACCUCAACCCCCACAUCUGUCUCCAUGGGAGCUGCGAAAACACCCAGGGCUCCUUCGUGUGCCAUUGCCAGCUGGGCUACAUCGUCCGGAAGGGAGCCGCGGGCUGUUCUGACGUGGACGAGUGCGAGCUUGGUGGACACAGGUGUGACAGCCACGCCUCCUGCCUCAACGUCCCUGGGACAUUCAGCUGCAGGUGCCAGCCAGGCUGGGUGGGGGAUGGCUUCGAAUGCCACGACCAGGACGAGUGUGUGGUCCAGGAGCACCUGUGCAGUCCACAAGCCGACUGCCUCAACGUCCUGGGCUCCUAUCGCUGCACCUGCCGCUGGGGCUUUGUGGGAGACGGCUUUUCCUGUGAAGACAAGGACGAGUGUGCCGAGGACACGGACCUCUGUGAGAACGGGCAAUGUCUCAACGUGCCCGGCGGGUACCGCUGCGAAUGUGAGAUGGGCUUCCAACCCACUGAGGACCACCAGGGCUGCCAGGAUACAGACGAAUGUGCCUUGGGCCCGGCAUGUGCAUUCGGGAGCUGUGAGAACCUGCCCGGGAUGUUCCGCUGUCUCUGUGACGUGGGCUAUGAGCUGGACCACAGCGGCGGGAACUGCACAGAUGUGAACGAGUGUGCAGACCCCGUGAACUGCAUCAACGGCCUGUGCGUCAACACCCCCGGUAGCUACUUCUGCAUCUGCCCCCAGGAUUUUGAGCUGAACCCCAGCGGGGUGGGCUGCGUGGAUACCCGGGCUGGAAACUGUUUCCUGGAGACACACCCCCGGGGGGACGGCGGCACCUCCUGCAGUGCGGAGAUUGGAGUCGGUGUCACCCGAGCCUCCUGCUGUUGCUCCCUGGGCCGGGCUUGGGGCGACCCCUGUGAGCUGUGCCCGGCGGCUAACACCACUGAGUACAGAACCCUGUGCCCCGGUGGCGAGGGCUUCCGGCCCAACCCCAUCACUGUCAUCCUGGAAGACAUCGACGAGUGCCGGGAGCUCCCGGGCCUGUGCCAGGGAGGGGACUGCGUCAACACCUUCGGCAGCUUCCGGUGCGAGUGCCCCCCGGGCUACCGUCUCAGUGAGGACGCACGCACCUGUGCAGACCUCGACGAAUGCUCUGCACACACGGGCGUCUGCGGCCCUGGCACUUGCUACAACACCCUGGGGAGCUACACCUGUGUCUGCCCUGGGGACUACCUGCAAAUCGACGGUGGCAGCAACUGCACGGACAUGAGAAAGGACGUGUGCUUCCGGAGCCGUGAUGGCACGUGUCGGAACGAGCUGGCCUUCAACGUGACUCGGAAGAUGUGCUGCUGCUCCUACAAUGUGGGCCAUGCCUGGAACAGACCCUGCGAGGCCUGCCCCACCCCCGCCAGCUCGGAUUACCAGCUCCUGUGUGGGCACCCGGUCCCAGGCUUUGUCGCGGAUGUCCACACGGGGAGGCCCCUCGACGUCGACGAGUGUGGGGAGAUCCCGGCCAUCUGUGCCCACGGCGUCUGCAUCAACCAGAUCGGAAGCUUCCGCUGCGAGUGCCCCGUGGGUUUCAACUACAACAGCGUCCUACUGGCCUGUGAAGAUGUGGACGAGUGUGCUGGUGGGGACAGCCCGUGCCGGCGGAAUGCCAACUGCUUCAACAGCCCCGGCAGCUACCGCUGCGAGUGUGCCCCAGGGUACAGGCUGUCUCCAGGCGGGGCCUGCGAGGGACGGAACGAGUGUCGGGAGAUCCCAAACGUAUGCAGCCACGGCGACUGCAUGGACACCGAGGGAAGCUAUGUGUGCCGGUGUCACCGCGGCUUCCACACCUCGGCCGAUCGGACCCUGUGCCUGGAUGUCGAUGAGUGUGAUCAACAGCCGUGUGCAAACGGGACCUGCAGGAACACUGUCGGCUCCUACAACUGCUUCUGCUUUCCUGGCUUUGUGAAGACGGCCAGUGGGGAUUGUGUGGAUGUUGACGAGUGCGCCACCCUGGUGGGGCAGGUGUGCAGAUCUGGCGAGUGCCUCAACACACCUGGCUCCUUCCUCUGCCUGUGUCGGGAUGGCUUCUGGCUCACCGCGGAUGGGAAGAACUGUGUGGACACCGAUGAGUGUCUCAGCUUCGCGGGAACCUGCCUCCCAGGCACGUGCCAGAACCUUGAGGGCUCCUUCCGCUGCAUCUGCCCCCCUGGCUUCCAGGUGCAGAGUGACCGCUGCGUCGACAUUGACGAGUGCUCGGAGGAGCCCAGUCUCUGCCUCUUCGGCACCUGUACCAACAGCCCUGGAAGCUUCCGGUGCCUCUGCCCACCUGGCUUUGUCCUCUCGGACAAUGGCUAUCGCUGCUUUGACACACGGCGGAGUUUCUGCUUCACUCGUUUCGAAGCUGGAAAGUGCUCGAUGCCUAAACCUUUCAACACCACCAAGACCCCGUGUUGCUGCAGCAAAGUGCCUGGGGAGGGCUGGGGAGACCCCUGUGAGCUGUGCCCUCAGGAGGGCAGCGUUGGCUUUCAGGAGCUGUGUCCUUUUGGCCACGGGGCAGUCCCAGGCCUGGAUGACUCUCGAGAAGAUGUGGACGAGUGUGCAGAGAACCCUGGCAUCUGCACCAAUGGUGCGUGUGUCAACACAGACGGCUCCUUUCGCUGCGAGUGUGCCCUCGGGUACAGCCUGGACCCCGCCGGGAUCAGCUGUGGGGACAUAGACGAGUGUUCCACCGGGCACCCCUGUGGGGCGGGCACGUGCACCAAUGUCGUCGGAGGUUUCCUGUGUGCCUGCGCUGAUGGCUUUGAGCCUGGCCCGAUGAUGACUUGCGAGGACAUCGAUGAGUGUGCCCUGAACCCGCUGCUCUGCGCCUUCCGCUGCCACAACACCGAGGGCUCCUACCUGUGCACCUGCCCGGCUGGCUACGCCCUGCGCGAGGACGGGGCCAUGUGCCGAGACGUGGACGAGUGUGCGGACGGGUCCCAGGACUGCCACGCCCGCGGCAUGCUGUGCAAGAACCUCAUGGGCACCUUCACCUGCGUCUGUCCCCCGGGCAUGCGGCCCCAGCCCAGCCCUGGGGAGGGCUGCAUAGAUGAGGACGAAUGCCACGCCCAGCCCGGCCUCUGCAGCCACGGCCAUUGUGUCAACACGGUGGGCAGCUUCUGGUGUGACUGCCACGAGGGCUUCCAGCCCAGCCCCUCCCUCACCGAGUGCCACGAUGUGCGGCAAGGAGCCUGCUUCUCCGAGGUGCUGCAGGCCGCGUGCCAGGCCCGCUCGAGCAGCGGCGAGGCUGUCUCCAGGGCCACGUGCUGCUGUGGGGGCGGCCGGGCUUGGGGGCCCCGCUGUGAGCUCUGCCCCCUGCCUGGCACCCCUGCCCACAGGAAGCUGUGCCCCCACGGCUCGGGCUACACUGCAGAGGGCCGAGAUGUGGACGAGUGCCAUGUGCUCGCUCACCUGUGUCCCCACGGCGAGUGCAUCAACAGCAUCGGCUCCUUCCAUUGUCACUGCCAGGCCGGGUUUGCGCCAGACGCCGCUGCCACUGCCUGCCUCGAUGUGGAUGAGUGCAGUCAGACCCCCGCCCCGUGUUCCUUCCUCUGCAAAAACACCGAGGGCGGCUUCCUGUGCAGCUGCCCCCGCGGCUACCUGCAGCAGGAAGAUGGUAGAACCUGCGCAGACCUGGACGAAUGCUCAUCCCGGAAGCACAACUGUAAGUUCCUGUGUGUCAACACCGUCGGCGCCUUUGCCUGCCGCUGCCCGCCUGGCUUCACCCAGCACCGCCACACCUGCUUCGAUGACAACGAGUGCUUGGCCCACCCCAGCCCCUGCGGUGCCCGUGGGCGCUGCCACAAUGCCCCAGGCAGCUUCCACUGUGAGUGCUACCAAGGUUUCACACUGGACAGCUCCGGCCAUGGCUGUGAGGACGUGGAUGAAUGUAACGGGCCCCAUCACUGCCAGCACGAGCUGUCAGAACGAGUUGGGGGGGGCUACCGCUGUGACUGCCCCCAGGGCUUCACCCUGCACUCCCAGUGGGCCCAGUGUGUGGAUGAGAACGAGUGUGUCCUGUCCCCGGCCACCUGCGGCACCGCCACCUGCCACAACACCCUCGGCGGCUUCCGCUGCGUCUGCCCCCCUGGCUUUGACUUCGACCAGGCCCUCAGGGGCUGCCAGGAUGUGGAUGAGUGCGCUGGACCGGGCAGCCCCUGCAGCUACGGCUGUGCCAACACUGCUGGCAGCUUCCUGUGUGGCUGCCCCCGAGGCUACUUACGGGCUGGGCAAGGGCACUGUGUCUCUGGCCUGGGCCUCGGCCCAGGGCUCCAGGAUGCCCCAGAUGAGAAGGAAGAGCCACUCUCGCCUGAAGCCUGCUAUGAGUGCAAGAUCAACGGGCUCGCCUCUGGGAACCGGCCUCGGCGCAGUGCACACAGGGACCCCCAGGUGAGCCUGGCUACUCUUGACUCAGAAGUUCCACUGACCUUGCACCUGAACCUCUCAUGCCUGGGCCAGGCAGAGCGCAUCCUGGAGCUUCGGCCAGCACAGCGGGGGCCGGGGGGCCAGGCCCGCUACGUCAUUGCACGUGGCAAUGAGCAAGGCUUUUUCCACAUACAUCACCGUGGUGGCCUCAGCUCCCUGCGGCUGGGGCGUCGGAGGCCGGGGCCUGGGACCUACCAGCUGGAAGUGGUGAACGUGGCGGGGUCCUGGGACGCCCGGCCGAGGGUCCGAGCCUUGCGGCUGAAGGUGCAGCUGCAGCUACUAUAGUUGAAAGAGGCCUUCCCAGGCCCCCGGGGCUGCAGUGCUGCCUAGGGGGCGUGAGAUUCCAGAAGCAGCAACCUACCCUGUCAACCCCCAAGACUCAGGAAGACUUGAAUCCCCACACGAGGACCUCACGCCAAGCCAAGGGGACUCCAAAGUUGAUCUGUUCCUGGACACAGUGGGCACCCAGGGUCAGGAAGGGGCCCCGCGGCCGCUGGGUGUAGUCAGUCUCAAGCCAAAACUUCUGUACUGCACUGGGGCUCCCCUGGUGGGGGCGGGGGACUCCCUACCAUGUUUCCUGGGGUCUUGGCUUGGGACCCGAGGACAUAUAUAUAUAUAUCAGAAGUGGACACAGCAAUAAAGUUAUUUUGGAUUAA